AUGGAUGAUGAAUCUGGAUUGGAUUCAUCACAGAACUUUUCACAGGUCUCUAAACCAGAAGACAGGUCAGCCGACGACUUCCAUGUGCCAGAUAUCAGCUUCCUUAAUUGGCCACUAGAGGAAAAUGCUGCCUUCGACUGGGAUGCACUCAACGCUGAACUGCUUGGCGCUUCUUCAGACCCGAACUACGAACAGUGGUCGCAAUGGAUAGCUUCUGGCCCAUCUGAACAAACCGAGAUGCCAUCGCCUUUUGCUAUCCAAGGUGACCCUACCGUUCCAUCGCCGCAAACCCAAAUUAACAAGGCCGGUACCACUGCAGCUAUUGAUCAACCCCAAGAAUUAUAUAACCCCGUGCCUAUGCGUCCAGGACUUACUGAUGUAACCCAAUUUCUGGAUGGUGCUUAUUGUCCACCGCAUCCCUGUAGCUAUUGUCGUAAGCAUCGGUUGCAGUGCCUGAUUAUCCGGACCACUCCAGCGAAUCCGAACCCAAUCACCUCGUGUUCGAGCUGCGUGGCUUUAUUCCGCGAAUGCAGUCUAGCAAUAGGAGAGAAACGCCAACCUUCCGGGUUUGAGACUCUCGCUCCAGCAAUCGGUCAUCUCCAUGGCCUCCGGGAGCUGAGCGAGGAUGUUGCUUUUGCGGACCAGAUGACGAUCCCGGAGCAAGAGAACGAGCUCGACGCUUCGAUGUUAGAUCACUCGAGAGGCAAAGCUGAGCUGAAAGACUCCAAGCAAUUUGUCAGAAAAGGAGCCAGAGUCUUACGGUCAUGGUUCCUUCAGAAUCAGGAGUGUCCCUACCCAUCCGAGGACCAAAAGUCGCAGCUUGCGCGUGAGACAGGCUUCUCCAAGAAACGAAUCUCGACGUGGUUUGCCAAUGCCCGUCGACGCCAGAAACAGAAGAUGGAGUUCUCCGGCCGUCCUCAAAUCAACCGAGCUGGUUCCCCAAUGCCCACUAUCCAGUGGACAGCGAUGACACCCUUGGAGCGAUGGCAGGCAUCUCCUCCAGAAGAUGAUCCCGUGCCUGAAUCAGCGAUUAGGGAUGCCAUCGCGUCUUCUACAGCAGAGUCAAGCUGGAGUGGUUUGCCCUCUGAAACUAACCGUUUCCCAACCGGAUCACCAUCGCUGAACUUCGACUCGGCAUCAUCUUCCCUUUUCGACUCCUCGGUCUCAGGAUUCGGGAGCAGACAUUCAGAAGCAUCAACCGACAGCAUAUCCACAGCAUGGAGUCGUCAAUCUCCCAACGACGGCGCCUUGCCAUUCCCCAUCAAGCCACCCAGACGGCACAAACGCCGAUCCUCACACGCUGCUGAGGAAUACCGAUAUCAGUGCACAUUCUGUCCACAAUGCUUCAAGAAGAAGAACGAUUGGACCCGUCACGAGACAAGUGUCCACCUCUCCUUAGAGUCAUGGAUCUGCACACCGAACCUCGCAGACCUAGAAUUGACCGAACCAAACCAGGCCGUGUGUAAAUUCUGCCCUUUAUCAUGGCCUUCCCAAGCCCAUUUGGAGGAACAUGACUUCCGCGUUUGUGCAGAGAAGCCAAUAGAACAGCGGUCGUUCACUCGAAAAGACCAUCUGUGGCAGCACCUACGCAAGUUCCAUAGCUGUACCAAGGCCCCAAUCCCAGAUCUUGAUGCCUGGCGCUUGACAAGAGGUGAUAUACGAAGUCGUUGUGGAUUCUGUGGUCUGGAACUCAGUAAUUGGGCGUUAAGAACCAAUCAUCUAGCAGGACAUUUCAAAGAGGGCGUCCGGAUGGAACGGUGGGAAGGUGACUGGGGCUUCGAGGCAGAAAUAUCGAAUGUCUUGAGAAAUGCGGCGUUACCGGGAAAGCGUGACCAAGGAACUUGCAUGUAA